CCUCCCCCUUUAUUUAUUUUUAUGAUCAUGGCGUCCCCUUACAACUAUAAAGGAAACCUUUGAGAAAGAAGCCAAAGCAAUCAGAACUUCACAAACUCAUUCUGUAAAGAAGAAAAAUGGCUUCAGUUGGAACUGAUAUCAUUGCAGCAUAUCCUCAUCUCACCCUUCAGGAGGCCAGAACCUGGGAUGAAGGCCUUUCCUCUAACUUCUCCACAACUCCAUUGAAGGAUAUCUUCAAGGAUAAGAAGGUAGUCAUCUUUGGGCUUCCAGGAGCUUUUACUGGAGUUUGCUCAAAAGCCCAUGUCCCCAGUUACAAGAACAACAUCGACAAUUUCAAAGCCAAAGGGAUUGAUACAAUUAUCUGUGUGUCUAUUAAUGACCCAUAUGUCAUGAAUGGAUGGGGAGAGAAGCUUGAAGCUAAGGGACCUAUUGAGUUCUAUGGAGACUUUGACGGGAGUUUCCAUAAGAGCUUGGGCUUGAGUGUUGAUCUUACUUCUAGCUUGAUGGGAGUUCGUUCACAAAGAUGGUCAGCCUAUAUAGUUGAUGGGAAGGUUCAGGUUCUGAACGUAGAGAAGGUACCCUCUGAUUUCCAGGUUUCGGGUGGAGAUGUAAUCUUGGGUCAUAUCUGAUAUAUUUUGCUUUAUCUGGUCUGGUUCGGUUCAUGGUUCGCAUGAAACUUUUGGGCCAGAUCAGACUAUUGCCAUUUGGUCGGGAUUUUCCUAUGGUUGGUAAUAGGUUUCCUUAAAUAUGAAAUUUGGUUCGCGUCUUGUGUGUGACAAAAUAAAAAUUUACUGAAAAUAAAAUUUUCCUCUUGUUUUUUGAGUUUCA